AUGAACUGUGCUAACACACAAAAAAACACACCAAAACACAUGGCCCACUGUAUAGGCGGUGCCGGGCUGGGCGGCCUCGGUGAGCACCAUGGUCAAACGCUUACGGAUGGGCACCAUAAGGGGGGUCUUGUUGUUCUGUUCCCUAAUAAAGUCCAAGAGCUCAUUCACGCCGAUAUCGGAGCCCGUUACUCAAGCUUAGACAACGAGGACUUUCUAAGAAUGAAUGCACUGGUCAGAGAGCACCAGCCCUUGGAUUUUAGUCCGUCGUUGCCUGACUUUAAUCCGACCGCAAGCGUAUUACAAGCAAUACAGAGUGUCGGCCGGAAUGAGCACUUGUAUGGCGCGCACCCAACGCCGAGUGACUGUAGGGGCGAACCCCGACUCCGGGCGGAGUUGAGCCAACUUUUUUCGCCUCUAAUGAGACGGACGAUAGACGCGGACAACGAGAUUGUGGUGACGAACGGCGCGAUACAGGCCUUGUAUUUAGCGGCCAAGAGUUUCCUAAAGCCCGGCGACGAAGUGAUACUUUUUGAGCCAUUUUACCACGAAUUUCAUGCGAUGCUUCAUGUAAUUCAAGCCUCGCCUGUGGCCGUACCUCUUAGGACAAGCGAUGGCCAAACGGCCCGACAAUCAAAUGAUUUAACGUACGAUAGGCAGCAAUUGGUGGCCGCCUAUACUAAUAGGACCAAAAUGUUUUACCUUAAUAAUCCUACCGGAAAGACUUUCACUGAAGAGGAGCUGCUAUUUAUCGGACAGUUGUGCGAAAAACACGACGUGAUUAUACUGGCGGACGACGCCUACCAGUUCCACAACUACGGCGUUCAGCCGCACAUUAGAAUCGCAACUUUGCCGGGAAUGUGGAAACGGACGCUAACUGUGGGCUCAGGCGGGAAAGCGUUUUACCUAAACAGUUGGCGCUUGGGUUGGCUCAUCGGACUCGAAGAGCUGCUGCGGUCUAUACGCGUACGACUGUAUUACUCGAUUCAAUCGGUGCCGCGCGUCGGCCAACUGGUGCUGAGGGCUAUUAUUGAGACGGAAACCCUUAGACUAAACACCAAUGACUCGUAUUUCAGUCGGUGUCCAACGGAAAUGCUGCGCAAAAGGGACCGCUUUAUAGCGGCCUUUGACGGUACGGGCGUUGAUGUAAUCAAACCAAACGCCGGUUACAAACUAUGGACAAAUCCGGGACAAAACUAUUAUAGCAAACAACACAAACAUUUGGCUCAAUAUGUGUUGAGCCCACCUCAUUUUUACCAAGCCGAAGUGCUAGAACAGAAUAAACACAUACUAAAACAAAUGGGUAAAUUUAUAUUUGGUGCCGGUCUGGGUGGCCUCGGCGAGUACCAUGGUCAAACGCUUACGAAUCGGCACCAUAAACCAGAUUGUGGCGUAAAUAACUGA